CGUUUUUUGAGAAGGAAUGAGCUUUAAAUAUUUGUUACUCUUUUAAUUGAUCCUAUUGUGUGUUGCACAUAAUCAAGGGAAAUCAGUUAAGUUAUCGAAGAAGCAAGCACAUCAUAAGCAUCAUAAAUCUCAAAAGUUUUUGGAUAGUAUAAUGGACGUAAAUGAUGAUUCAAUAGAACUGUUACUCUAAAAGCACGAAAACUUCUAUUUGGCUGAAAUGACAGUUGGUACACCUGAAUAGAAAUUAACUGUUUUGAUUGACACAGGAAGCCCAAAUCUACUACUUACUUCAUCUCUCUGCUAAUAAAACAGUUGCAUUCAACAUGGUUCAUACAAUCCAUCCUUAUCAACUACAUCAUACUACAUCGAAGCCAUUAAAUUAGCAAAUGGAGAAGUAGGCAAUGAGAUUGACAUAUAAUUUGCAUCUGGGAGUGUAGUGGGAGUAUUCUUUGAGGACAGAGUGUGUCUGAAUCAAUACUGCGUCAAUAACCAGUUCAUUGUUGGCAUAGUAGAACAGUCAGAGGAUAUAUUUAGCCAAAUGAAAUUCGAUGGGAUAUUGGGAUUGGGUAGAAUUAAGGAGGCAGUAGUCAAAAACGCAUCCUACAUUCACAACCUGGAAUAUGAUACAGAUACUCGAAACUUUUCACUGUAUUUGAGUAAUAGUGAUGAUGAUGAUAUGUCAAGUGAACUAGUUCUGGGAGGGAUAUCGCAACAUUUGAUUGCUCCUGGUGAGGAAUUCAAAUUCUUUGAUGUUACAUCGGAUAAUCUCUGGACAAUCAAUAUCAAAGCAGUUUUUUUGGGAGAUGAGAGAAUUGAUGAUUGCAAUAAUUGCCAAGGUCUUAUUGAUUCUGGUACAUCAUUCAUCAGCUUCCCAGUUUAUGCUAUGGAGAAAUUUUAUUAGAAAUUUGGAAUUUAUCAAUUGUGUAGUAAUAUUGAUUCAUUUCCAGAUUUGACAUUUGUAUUGGAUAGAGGGAUCAAAUUUACGUUGUCAGGAUCACAAUACUUCAAAAGAAACACUCAUGCAUUAUUCUCAAAAGACAUUUGUAUUCCAUAUAUAAAAAAUAAUCCAAUUAUUGGAGAUGAACUGAUUGUUUUAGGAUAGCCAUUUCUUAUUCAUCAUUACGUUUGGUUUGACGAAGAUCAAUCGAAAAUUGGAAUUGUUAAAUCUAAAUAACAAUCUCAUCAAUCCUGA